AUGAAGGCCUCCAUGAGCAUCAUCAUCUUCUUCGCAGUUGUUCUCUGCAUCUCUGCAAUCUCCUUAGCCAAGAUGAGCCCUGAGGAAGCUUGCAUUAGAAAAAACAUCGGUCAAUCUCUUUCUCCUUCUCCUUCAAACGAAACCGAUACAACUCAUUUCGAGGUGGCAGACGAAAUAUGCAGAGACGAGACACGAAUCAUCAUGUACUUCUUGAAACUGAACGGAAAGUUCCCGCCUUACUACGUCAGGGCAUUGUGCAAUGUAUUUGGAAACGACGUAAACAAACUGAAGGAAUACGUUACUAAGAAAUGGCUGAAUCAUUCGGAGAAGCUCAUCAAUAGCUUAACUUGCAUAAGAAGAAACAUCUUAAUUGUCGAGAAGAGCCCUGUGGAAGCUUGCAUUAGAAGAAAUAUCGCUCAGUCGCUUUCUCCAUCUCCUUCAAACAAACCCGAAACAUCUCGUUUCAAGGUCAUGGAAGACCAAUUUUGCAGUGAGGAGACACGAGUCAUCAUGUACUUCUUGAAACUCAACGGAAAGUUCCCAGCUUACUACGUCAGGGCGUUGUGCAAUGUAUUUGGAAACGACGAAAAGAAACUUAAGGAAUACGUUACUAAGAAAUGGUUGAACCAUUCGGAGAAUCUCAUCAAUAGCUUAACGUGUGCUUCUCGAUAA